AUCAAGUCAGUAUAUAACCGGCGCGUCGAUGCGCGCGCGCACACUCGCUUCGCUCUUUCUCACGCUGCACGAUCGAUUUCCCGCCCCUUUGUCAUUUCCCCCGGCGCGCGAGUUUUCACCGCGCGAGUGAGGCACAGUAAGGAAAGAUGACUUCCAGUGACUUUAGAAUUGAAAGAAAUGUGGAGUUGUCAGAAGAGACGAAGGCUAUAGCCGAAAAGGAACUACGCGAAACUCCGGAAAGAGUUCGAGAGGCUUUAGAAAGGCUUAAAGAACUUCUUAAGGAAAACAAUGAUUUAUAUUUUGGUGAAGACGAAGAACUACUUACAAUAUUUCUGCGCCCUUGUAAAUGGUAUCCGGAGAGCGCUGUGGCAUUGAUGCGGCGGGUGGCAGAGUUCAAACGCGACAAUGCCUGUCUUCUGGACGGCCUGCUACCGGAACAUGAGAAAGAAGCCUUCCUUGAACACAAAGUUGUGAACGUCUUGAAAGGCCGUGACGAUAAGGGCCGAAGAGUGUUGAUUGUUAGUGUUGGAGGUACGUGGGACCCGAAAAAAGUGACCGCAGACCAGCUGUUUAAAAUGUUCUAUUUGAUUCACGAAGCAGCCAUGUUGGAGCCAGAGUCGCAAGUGCGGGGGACUGUCGUUCUCAUGGACUUCCAUAAUAUGGGCUGGAGUCAGACGAUGGGUCUCACACCAGCUUUUUCUAAGCGCCUGCUGACUUUCAUACAAGAUGCUUUGCCUCUUCGGUUGAAAGAGGUACACUUUGUUAAGGAGCCUAUGAUCUUCAACGUCGUUUGGAAAAUGUUCAAGCCUUUAAUUAGAGAAAAGCUAAAAACUAGAAUAUAUUUCCAUGGCUCCAAGAUGGCGUCUCUCCAUAAGCAUAUCCUCCCGACGCACCUACCAAGCGACUAUGGUGGCGAGCUGGAUGCUAUCGACUACUCCUCAGCUGACUGGUACCCCGUUAUCAACGAGGUACUACCACACAUCCAGAACUGGAACUCCUAUGGGUUUAUCAAAAAGACGUAAAAUCUACAUGAUUGUUAUCAGAACUAUC